UCUCCAGAGUCCAAGGGGGUGACACGUCGCGACGCGCUACUUACCUCGUCAUGUGACUGUGUUGAUCCCUGCGUGAGACUGGGCGCUCACAUCCUCAAUCUGACCAUCAUCAGGUCGGUCUGAAAGCAUAGACUUCUCUCGAGCUCCUUGCCUAUCCUUUCGCGUCCAACGCGGCUUUACCUCUCGAACAAAGGAAGUGCCUUUUCUACCCCCUCAUCACCCGCUGAAGCGGAGGGGAAGUCCAGAAGCUGAGUCAAACGCUCAACGUCUCGGAAAACAGGUAGGUAUGCUCGAAAAUCCUCGGUGUUGGCUGCUCUGUCGUCAGUCAUCACAUAUGUCUAACAUGCAGCAGAGAUGUCAUAUAGCAGCACCAGCGCGCGGCUUGCACAGUCGUCACCGUCGGUCUCACUCGAGAAAGGUGCAUACAGGCUGCGCGCGCCCCCACGCAUCCGCACCAUAUCCAAGACGCGCAUACAGCCGCUCCAACUGCACCCGCGCGCGGCGGACAGCUCGCGCUCCGCGUACCAGAAGCAGAUGGCCGUGCUGGUCAUCUUCCUGAUCUCGGCGACGGUCUCUUGCUUCGGCGCGGCCUACUACCUGUUCACCACCAGGUGGGACCUCGCGACCCUCUCCUCUCUCGGCGACGCGUCUGACAACCCGGACUCGCUGUCGCCUUCGUCUUUGCUUUCGCUUUCGUCUUCGCUUUCGUCUGUGCUGUCGGUGGACUCGUCGGAGAAGUAUCUUGCGUACCUACCCCAUAGUGGCUUUCAUAACCAACGUAUCGCGUUCGAAAAUGCUCUUGUGCUGUCCCGUCUGCUGAAUCGUACUCUGCUUGUCCCCCCUGUCCGUCUGGGCAUGACGCCGGUGUACUACCUCCCGUUCGACCAGCUACGCGACGUCCUCGCGAACGCGACGAAGGUCGGUCUUGAGCACUGCAAGGAAGUCCGUCUGGACGGAAGUCAAGACAUCCCUCCGGAGUGUAUGGACUACUACGACUUCACCUACGUGCCCUGGGAAUGGCUCGUCGACCUGUCUAAGCUCAAGACGGAGCAGCGCGUCUUGCCGUGCUGGAACCUCACCGACGCUUGGCUCGAAGACCGGCUGAAUAUCUCUCACAACGAUACAUUCUUCUUCAAGGACACCGCUCGGAACCACUACAGCUUCCUCGACUUCACUCCCGGCCCCAGCUCUAGCACGACCGCACUCUCGCGCAAGUAUAUCGAGUCCAUCCAGAUCUCCGCACUCGCUCAGCGUGCGGAACGGCUCGUCUUCCUCGGGACACUCAUGGGCUCCUCGCGCUUACACCUACGCAACCCGACGUACUACCAGCUGCGCGCGCGCAUCCGCGAGCAGAUGGCGCUGACGAACCCGCUCCUGGCCGCGCUCGCGGAGGACGUGCGCGCCGCGCUGGGCGGGCAGUACCUCGGCGCGCACGUCCGCCUCGGCGACGGCCUCUUCCGGGAGAAUGGCGCUGAGAACGUGCGCUUGACGUGGUGGCGGCUCGUGCACGCCACGCUGGGGUUCAGCAUCCAAGACACGCUCGCGCUGGAGAAGGCUCUCGCUGACUUCGACGUCGAUGCUUCUGGGAACGCUGCUAUGACACUGGCCCCGCCGCGGAUCCCCUUGGAUAUCCCCGCUCUGCGCGUCCCGCACCCUCCUCUACCGCCUCUUAAUCCAGCGACCAACCUAUCCUUCGCCUGUCCGGGCACGCUCCACACCGCACCGGCCCUCACCCUCCUCAACACUCCCCUCUUCAUCGCGACCGACGUCGCCGCCCCACACGCGGACCCGCUCCUCGCGCGCUUCACGCGCACCUUCCCAUGUACGUUCUUCCUCGCCGACUUCCGCGCGCAGUUCGCCCCGCUCGACGGGCUGGUGAGCGGCGCAGACGGCGUGCGACUGCGGGGGUUCGUCGUGCCGUUCCUCGACGCGAUGAUCGCCGGGCGCGCGUGGGCGGUCGUCGGCACGGAGCAGAGCACGUAUAGCGCGUUCGUGGCGGAUGUGCUGUGGAGGAGGUAUCAUGGCUUCGAGAUCGUGCAGAGGGGUUAAGAGGGACGGUAUAUGGGUGCUCGGGUCGUUGUUCUGCCGGCUUGGACGUCGGGUCUUAUCCUCUCCUCACUUGGUGUGUCGCGGCGCAAGGACUGGAGCAACGAAGCAGCCACGGCCUGUGCGUGCAUGCCUAGUUUUGUUAUACAUGCCACCUUUGACCUGCCAGGCGGCAAAUGAUUCGAAGUGCCAAUGCAGCAGCGUAACUUACAAGUUGGAUGCCCUGGCGACUACGUUGCUCGAAUGAUACUUGAUGGGUGUGCGCUCCAACUGUUCAACGCAAGAUGGCUGCUCCACCGUACUGCGAUGCCGGAGACCUGAUUGUCGCUACGCUUCUUUGCACAAACAAUGCUAUGUUCAUGCACUUCCACCGACGCUAGCUUGCGCCGCC